AUGUUAAGGCAUUCUAGUUAUUUUAGUGUUGUGAGGUUGCUUAAGCCUGAGGCGAGUGGAGGUGCACUUACAGUGGGUCUACCUUCAACUUGGGUGGACAUAUCGGAAGAAAUAGCAGCAAAUAUGCAACUUGUGCGGACAAAAAUUGCUGAGCUAGCCAAGGCUCAAGCCAAGGCAUUAAUGCCCUCAUUUGGAGAUGGCACAGAAGAUCAACGCAGGAUAGAGGCUCUUACCCAAGAGAUAACUAAUCUUUUAAAGAAAUCAGAGAAGAGAUUACAGAGACUCUCAGCUACUGGGCCUUCUGAGGAUUUAAAUGUUAGGAAAAAUGUGCAGGUACGGCUCUAUGGUCAUUAUAUCGCCUACUGUGUGGUGAUAACUCAUCAGUGCAUGCCAGGCGCCCCGCUCCCCGCUGGGGGGGGGGUGUUUGCUAUAUAUGUUAUGGUUGCUGGCAUCCAUUUCUGUUUUCCCUUUUUCACUUCUUGGUGA